AGUGUAUGUUUUUUAAAUAACUCUUUAGGUGAGUGAAAAACUCGAUAAUUUUACUGGAAAACUUGUUUAUUUAAAGGCGUCUUCUCUGAAUUCGACAUACGUCAGUGGCGUCGCGUAUUAGUGAAACGGAAAAUUAUUGCUUGCCGUAUGUCGUAGCCCACUGAUCUUACGAAAAUAUUAAACACUGUACUGGGCCUUUAAAUUUAACAAAAUAAUGGGUGAUACUAGCGAUUUGGAUAGACAGAUAGACCAACUGAAAAGGUGUGAAGUUAUUAAGGAAAGUGAGGUCAAAGCCCUGUGUGCUAAAGCUAGGGAAAUACUGGUGGAAGAAAGUAAUGUACAAAGGGUGGAUUCACCAGUUACGGUAUGUGGAGAUAUACAUGGCCAGUUUUAUGACUUAAAAGAACUUUUCAAAGUGGGUGGAGAUGUACCUGAAACCAAUUACUUGUUUAUGGGGGAUUUUGUAGAUAGAGGUUUCUACAGUGUGGAGACGUUUUUGUUACUAUUAGCACUUAAGGUUAGAUAUCCAGAUCGUAUAACACUAAUUCGGGGAAAUCACGAGUCUCGCCAAAUCACCCAAGUAUAUGGAUUUUAUGAUGAAUGCCUGCGGAAAUAUGGUUCCAUCACUGUUUGGAGAUACUGCACUGAAAUUUUCGACUACCUAUCAUUGUCUGCCAUCAUUGACGGUAAAAUAUUUUGUGUUCAUGGAGGACUUUCACCUUCCAUUCAAACCCUAGACCAAAUUAGAGUAAUUGAUAGAAAACAGGAAGUUCCACAUGAUGGGCCUAUGUGUGACUUGUUGUGGAGUGAUCCAGAAGAUACCCAAGGAUGGGGAGUUUCUCCACGAGGAGCAGGAUAUUUAUUUGGAUCUGAUGUAGUAGCCCAAUUCAAUGCUGCCAAUGACAUAGACAUGAUAUGUCGCGCCCAUCAAUUAGUAAUGGAAGGAUACAAAUGGCAUUUUAAUGAGACUGUUUUAACUGUUUGGUCAGCUCCGAAUUAUUGUUACAGAUGUGGUAACGUGGCCGCCAUUUUAGAACUGAACGAACACCUACAAAGAGAUUUCACAAUUUUCGAAGCAGCCCCACAGGAAACCAGGGGAAUACCUUCAAAGAAACCCCAAGCAGAUUACUUUUUGUAAAACUAGUAUUACUCUUUUAAGGUCCAUUCAUUGUUGUUUAUUUUCGAUUUACCAUCUACAUGAAUGUUAUAUAUUUCGUAAACUAAGUUAGUCUAUCUGUAUCCUUUAGUUUUAAGUUUAUUUUUCAUAUGGAUGAAAAAACGCAGUACAAGAAACUCGUGUUUAAGUUGUUACUUUUGUGGCUCGAUGUAAAAAGAUUAGACAAUGUUUUAAUUAUUAUCAGAUUCUUUUAAUACGUAAUUUUAGGAAUCUGUUCAGUUAUGGCAUCUAAAUUUGGAUUUGUGUAUUAUCAGAAAAUUACCAAAAGAUUCGGAAAAAUGGUCUUUAUUAGUCGCCUCCGAUGUAUGGUCGCCUCCGUUAGGUAAAUUAUUCCGAUUAGUUUUUUCCACAUACUUACUCAAAAAGAGUUCCUUAUAAUAAAUCCACAGAGUACCAGGCGGUACCGCGGUCGGAAAAUUGUUUAAACAAUUUUUUUAAACAAAUUCAAAAAAUGAAUUUUUACUUUCUACAAUUUUUUUUUAGAUUCUUUGGGCCUUCUUCUAAUGGCGCUACAACCCUUUGUGAGUCUUGGCCUGCGUAACGAUGUUCUUCCAUUCUGCCCUGUCGGAUACUUUCCUUCGCCACUGCCUGAUGUUCAUGGUUUUAAGAUCCCCAUCUACGUCGUCUAUCCAUUUUUACGGGCCUUCCUGUUGUUCCUUUUCCUUGGGGUUUCCAUCGCUGGAUUACUUUUACAGCUCGAUUAUCUGGAAUUCUUUCUAGGUGACAAAGCCAGUUUAGUCUUUGUGACUUUACAAAUCUAACAAUAUCUGCGGUCUGCAUUAGCUCAUCCAGCUCGUGGUUCAUUUUAAUUCUCCACGAACCAUCGCUGCAUUGGACUGGUCCUUGAGCUGAUCUUCCUUAGUAUUUUGUGCUCAAAAAUUCAGCUGAUUUCCAUCAGUGGUAGAGAGGGUCUACGUUUCAAAUCCAUAUGUGACCACUAGUCUAAUUACUGUUUUGUAGAUUCUAGGCUUACACUCACGAUUCAGUAACUUACUUUUCAUUAAGUCUUUGUAUGCAUAAAAGCACUUAGUACCGCUAAGAAUCCGUGCUUGUAUAUACAGGGUGUUAGUAAAUAAGUAUGAAACAUUUUAAGGGCUAAUUCUACAUGAAAAAAUAAUGCCGCUUUGCUCUAUAAACAUAUGUCUGCAAAUGCUUCGUUUGCGAGAUACGGGGUGUUGAAAUUUUUAUUUCAAACUGCGAAUUUAUUUAUUGCUCUAAGACCAGUUGAGCUAUGAAAAUAGAAUUUGGUGAGUUUUAGGAGGUAGUUAUUGCGCAUUCUUUGUCAUACAAUUAAGAAUUUUGUAUUCAUCAUUGGGUAAUAGUCUGAAUUUUUUUAAAGAAAAAAAUAGUACUCCACUGAGAUAUUUCAAAUUAAAAAUUAUAUUUAAAUUCCAAGUUUAAUUUUUGAUAAAAAACCUUUCUUGCCUUUUUUUUUCAUAUGAUGCACCGUUUUUAUGCAGAAAAAUAAAAGAUCUUGGCGAGUAUUUUACAUUUCUUAAUACAUCAUCAAGAACUAUCCAAUAUAAUAAUACUAAACUAGAACAAUAACAGAAAAUAUUACUAAUAAGAUUUCAACUAGGUGCAAAACUACAAAAAAUGUUUACAAUGAUCUCCUUUACAGGUAACAGAAGAAUUUUAUAUUCAUCAUUGGCGCGCGUACGGGUAAUGGUCUGAAUUUUUUGAAGAAAAAAAUAGUACGCCACUGAGAUAUGUCAAACUAAAAAUCAUUUUUGAAUUCCUCGUUCAAUUUACGACAAAAAAUCUUUCUUACCUUUUUUUAUACGAGGCGCCUUUUUUAUACAAAAAAUAAAACAUCUUAAGGUGAUACAGUAGCGAUCAACAGGUAGCCAAAACGCUUUCCAAGAUUGGAGUAUCUUUUCGAGAUAUUUGGCACACGUAUUCGUAAUAUAAUAAAGAAUGGCGGUACAGAGCCCAAUUUGAAAAAUAUAUUAAUAUGUGGAAAUUACUCUGUAAUUAAAUACAAUAUUAAAAAAACGAGCCUGUACCGCCAUUAAGAAGAACAAAAAAAUACACUUUCUUCAAAUAAACUUUUUUAUCCGAUGCCUAGAUUUUGUGUCAUUUUGGAACUACUAAUGAAAUAAAAAAUUUUAGUAGUUCCAAAAUGACACAAAAUCUAGGCAUCGGAUAAAAAAGUUUAUUUGAAGGAAGUGUAUUUUUUUGUUCUUCUUAAUGGCGGUACAGGCUCGUUUUUUUAAUGUUAUAUUUAAUUACAGAGUAAUUUCCACAUAUUAAUAUAUUUUUCAAAUUGGGCUCUGUACCGCCAUUCUUUAUUAAAUUACGAAUACGUGUGCCAAAUAUUCAAAUUAUUAAAAAAUAUAUUCAAAAUUACAGCCGCAAUCUUGGAACGCGUUUUGGCUACCUGUUGAUCGCUACUGUUUCCUCUUAACGCUUACAAAGUAUUUGAGGUAGUUUCCAUAUGCAUAGAAACUUAGUUCAAAUACUUUGUAAACGUUAAGAUGUUUUAUUUUUUUUUACAUAAAAACGGCGCCGCAUAUGAAAAAAAGGUAAGAAAGAUUUUUUGUCGUAAAUUGAACCAGCAAUUCAAAAAUUUUUAAUUUGACAUAUCUCAGUGGCGUACUAUUUUUCUCUUAAAAAAAUUCAGACAAUUACACGUACGCGCGCUAAUGAUGAAUAUAAAAUUCUUCUAUAACCUCUAAAGGAGGUCAUUUUUAACAUUUGUUGUAGCUCUGCACCUAGUUAAAAUCUUAUUAGUAAUAUUUUCUGUUAUUGUUCCAGUUUAGUAUUAUUAUAUUAGAUAUUUUUUCUUGAUAUUGUAUUAAAAAAAUGAAAAAUACGCGUCAAGAUGUUUUAUUUUUCUGCAUAAAAACGGCAAGAAAGGUUUUUAAUCAUAAAUUAGACGUGGAAUUUAAACAUAAUUUUUAAUUCGAAAUAUCUCAGUGGCGUACUAUUUUUUUCUUUAAAAAAAUUCAGACCAAUACCCGUAGGCGCGCCAAUGAUGAAUACAAAAUUCUUAAUUGUAUGUCAAAAAAUGCGUAAUAACUACCUCCUAAAACUCACCAAAUACCAUUUUCAUAGCUCAACUGGUCUUAGAGCAAUAAAUAAAUUGGCAGUUUGAAAUAAAAAUUUCAACACCCCGUAUCUCGAAAACUAAGCUUUUGCGGACAUAUGUUUAUAGAGCAAACAGGCAUAAAUUUUUCAUGUAGAAUUAGUCCUUAAAAUUUUUCAUACUUAUUUACUAACACCCUGUAUAACUGGUGUUGUUGUCAUAUAUUAUUGAACUUAUAUAGAAACUUAAAUAGAAAACUACUAAAGAGUAAAAUAUUGACCAAACAAACAAAAAUGAAUAUAUACACAACAAUGAUAAGACCAAUAACGAUGUUGUUCUGAAGCUAUUUUCUUGUGGCAUUUUUACAAUUUUAACUAUUUAUAAUGGGAAAUAAGCCACAAUAUUAUUAAUAAAAAUCAUUUUUUAAUAAUAUUGUGGCUUAUUUCCCAUUAUAAAUAGUUAAAACAAUAACGAUGUAUGCUGCAGAAACGAUGACUAUGACAAAAAAAGAAGAGAAAUUAAGGAUAAAUGAACGCAAGACAAUAAGGACAAUACUGGGUCCAGUGAGAAUCGAAGAACGAAU